AUGCAGAUCUCUUGGGAGAAAUUUUUGGAAGACAUUGGUGAUCUUAAGACAAAAUCAGAUGUGGUCAAUGAUGGCUGGCAACUGGAAGGGAAUGUGUCACAAACUGGACUAGCGUAUUUGAGCAAGUCUUUAGUAAAUAAUGUUCCAGUUAGCUCAUUGCCUGGUUGCCUAGAGCUCGAGGAAAGUGAUCUAGAAGAAUGCAUGCUUGACCCAUCUACCAAAAUAAAUCCCUCUCUCCAGGAACGAGUCACCUUCGAGUAUCAUAUUUUGUACAGCCUCAGUUACGCAGUUCCAAUUUUGUACUUUAACGCAUGGAGGGAAAAUGGAAGUCUGCUCGAGAUCGAACGAAUUUGGGACUUGGCCUUCAGUCAAUACAGAAACGCUGUCAAGUCAGCCAAGUGGGGCGCGGUCUCCCAGCAAGACCACCCGAUUUUAGGCAGCCCCUUUUUCUUCUUCCACCCUUGCAACACUGCAAACUUCUUGGAAGACCUUCCGGGAAAGACAAAAAAUACGGUUGUGUCCUGGCUAAGUGUUGUGGGACCACUUGUUGGAUUGACUGUCCCGCUGUUUUAUGCUGAAGCAAAUUAG